AUGGGUUGUGUUCUUGGAGCAGUUGGUUGUUGUUGUGGUUCAGCAGCUUGUAGUCUUUGCUGUGCUUGUUGUCCGUCAACACGUAAUUCAAUUGUAACACGUUUAGCUUAUGGAAUACUUUUACUUUUUGGCAUGUUUAUUUCCUGGAUAUUUUUAAUACCGAGCUUUGCUAAUACAUUGGCAAAGAUCCCAGCACUAUGCAAAGGUAGUACCGUAGCUGGCAUGGAAGUAUUUCAAGGACAAAUAUCAUGUGAAAAUAUCGUUGGUUAUUUAAGUGUAUAUCGCAUUCAGUUUUCGUUCGCUUGUUUUUUUUUUACAAUGAUGAUUUUAAUGUUAUGCGUUAAACGAUCAAAAGACCCUCGAAGUGGAAUACAAAAUGGAUUUUGGCUUUGGAAAAUUUUAGUCAUUAUUGGUAUUUGUGUUGGAGCUUUUUUCAUACCAAAUCAAGGUUUUGCACCAGCUCUUAUGGUUAUUGGAACUAUUUGUGGAUUUGUAUUUAUAUUAGUUCAACUAAUUCUUCUCAUUGAUUUUGCUCAUAGUUGGAAUGAAAGUUGGGUUGAAAAAGGUGAAGAAGGAAGUAAAAUACAUUAUUGUGGUCUGAUAUUUUUUACAACAACAUUUUAUAUCAUAUCGAUUGUUGCGAUUAUACUUUUAUAUGUUUAUUAUGCCUCAAAACCAGCUUGUGGACUUAAUAUAUUUUUUGUGACAAUUAAUUUUGUAUUAUGUAUCAUGGUUUCUGUUGUAUCGGUUUUACCAACGAUUCAAAACUAUCAUUCAACAUCGGGCUUAUUACAAUCAUCAUUUGUUACAUUGUAUGUUAUCUUUCUAACAUGGUCAGCUAUGACCAGUGAACAACCAGAUCCUGUUUGUAAUCCAUCCUGGUAUGGAAUUAUGAAAGGAGGAAAUUCAACACAAUAUGAAGCAACUGGAAAUGGCUCAGUUGGUGUUACAUCAAUAAUAGCAUUGGUUAUUUUCUUUGGUUUAAUAGUUUAUUCAGCAAUGACAAGCUCAACAAAAUCUUCAGGUGGGAAAUUAUUGGGUAUUUCCGGUAAUGAGGAAACAGGAAGUCCAGUUCCACAAUCUGAGAGUGGAAAAAGUUAUGAUGACGAAGAGGAAGCAGUCGCAUAUAAUUAUUCAUUAUUUCAUUUCAUGUUCUUCCUGGCUUCAUUUUAUGUUAUGAUGACAUUAACAAAUUGGCUUAAACCGUCAAAUGAUGCUCAUAAUUUUCGUCAAAGUGAUUCAGCUGUUUGGGUUAAAAUAGCUUCAUCAUGGACAUGUUUGGUACUUUAUUUUUGGUCUGUUAUUGCACCAUGUGUAUUUCGUAAUAGAGAUUUCUAG